AUGCCAGGUCUAAAGAAGAAGAGAACUGCUACGGAGGAUGUACCAAGUCAGUCUAAAACAAGAUCCAUUCUACACCUCAUGCGAUCAGAAAAGAGUAGCAUCAAACACACUAUCGCAAAACCGGGUGGAAAGAAACUACAUCGCAACAACGAUUCCAACAACGAUUCCAUACCUGACUCAAACCAUCACAAGCUCGAUAAAGAUCCAUCCGUUGCAUUAUUAGAUGUCAUAAAAGCUGAUUUGGCAAAAGAACAAUCCCAUAUGGACUCUCUAAACAAGUCGGACGGUGACUUGGUGUUGAAAGCAGCUACAGCAGAAGAUAGCAGUGAUGACGAUAUGGCUGAUACACAAAGCGCCAUUGAUGACGAUCAUGCUGAUAUGCUUGGUGGUGUUGAAGCAGAGUCACCAGCAGAUGCUGAUGGAAAGCUGCCACCUAGAAAAAAAAAGAGGACGACGCAUAUCAAACCUCCAACCCACGACGAGAUACAACAACUGAAGGAUACCUCAGAGUUGUUCAAGUCGAAUCUGUUCAAGUUGCAGCUUGAAGAGAUGCUCUCUGAGGUCCGAGUCAAAUACACACGCAUGACGACUCUGGAUGGCAUGUUGCAUAAAUUGAAGAACUUCUUUGAUACUUUGGAGCCUCGUGAUGAAGUUUCUUUGGAAGAAGCUCAAUCUACAUUAGCUUCAGAAGGUGUCAGCAUCCCAUUCCCGUCACCUGCACCUCCAGGAGACAUCAAAUGCAGCUUUGCAUUCCAACGGCCAAGUAAAGUCUCCAUUAUUGGAAGUUACUUGUUAAAGACUAUUUCUAAGAGUAAACACGCUCAGAGUGUGGAUAUGGCUGUUCAAAUGCCUGAUGAAAUAUUUGGAGAACGAGAUCACAUCAACCAUCGAUACUUCUAUAAGAGAGCCUACUACUUGGCUGUGAUUGCUUCCGAGCUGAACAAGCAGAAGAAGGGAUUGGGAAUAGAAUUGACAUAUCAAGUAUUAGAUUCAUGUCGCUCGGCAUUGGUUAUUUCCUUUUCUGAUGUAUCAGAAACAGACACAUCCUCGUCCUUCCAGAUUCGUAUCCUACCAUGCAUAUCGCCAUCCCUCUUCCCAGCGUCACGUCUCGCUCCAUCACGAAACUCGGUGCGAUCACCAACGUCGCCACCAACUCCCAAAUAUAACACAUCAAUCCUCUCCGAAUCAUCAUAUAUUUCACAUCUGAACUAUAUGUACACCGCCAUUCAAGGAACUCCAGCCCUGAUGGACGCUUCCAUCCUCGUCAAAGUAUGGUUGCGUCAACGAGGACUUGGUGAUUAUGGAUUUCUGUGCUCUGUAUUGAUGGCAUGGCUUGUAAAGACUGGCCCUAGUGGGAAGGGUGUUGGAGGUGGAAGUUUGAGUUCCUAUCAGAUUCUGAAGUUGGUUAUGCAGUUCAUGGCUUCCAAUGAGUUUGUACAGAAGUCUUGGUUUCUGACUUCUAAUGCUAAGCCACUGUCGACUCCUGACUUUUCGGAAGCAACAUUUGAGCAACACUUUGAAGUGGUCAUCGUUGAUCCAUCAGGUCGCCUGAAUCUAGCCGCUCAAGUAUCAAAACACGGUUUAUUGCAAUUGCAUCAUGAAGCGAAACUCGCUAUUAUGCUAUUCAAUAAUUCUACUGAGGACAAGUUUGAGGCUCUGUUCUUAAGGAAUGUAGAAGAAGGAAUGCUCAAGUUUGAUAUGCUUGCUACGAUUACAACACCAGCUACUCAGCUACCUAUACCACGACUAGACGAUGGUACUGAUGUACAUUCUCAACACGAUUACUUAAUAUCACGACUACCAGAAGUUCUAAGUCAAGCACUUGGAUCUCGCCUCCAACUCGUGACUGUCAGAUCACCUCCGUUACAACCAACACCGAUAAAUAUCUCUACUUCACAUAAUAAGCAAGAACGACAGCUUCAAAUCGGAAUGUUAAUAGACGCAGAAGAAUCCAUGAAGGCCGUUAAAAUGGGUCCAGAUGCCAACGAUCACGAUGCAUCGAAAGCUUUCUGUCAACUGUGGGGUGAAAAGGCUGAAGUACGACGAUUCCGUGACGGCAGCAUAAAGUACUCGGUCGUUUUUGAAGCUGAUGAGUCAACUGGACGUUCAGGCAUCUUGCCGCGAAUGAUCCAGUACUUGAUUAAGAGACAUGUUGGAGUCACUGCUACGAUAUGGGGUACACAAUUAGAUGUUAUGCUGAGCAGCAUACAUGAAUUAAGGCCGAGUAGUUUUACACCAGUGAUGGAAGCUUUAGCAUCGUUGGGUAAAGCACUACGAGAGAUGGAUGAUUUGCCACUGUCUGUCACGUCAUUGAUACCCAUAUCUUCUGAAUUGACGUAUACUUCUGUAUUUAUCCCGACGUCGUCUUCUCCGUCGUACAAUUCACCUAUGGAAGUCAUAGUCCAACUUGAAUCCUCGAAUCGAUGGCCAGACGAUUUACAGGCCAUACAUAAAUUCAAGGUAGCAUUCUUGAUCAAGAUGAUUGAGCUAUUAGCUCAAGUCAUGCCUGGAGUAACUGCCAAAGUAGCUGCCCCAGACUCUAAUGAAAUGAAAGAAGGAUGGGCAGACGUGACAAUACCCUCUGGAUUUGCUUUUAGAUUAUUUAUACAAAAUGAACGUGAAUUUGUCGUACUUGAACGACAGUUAUCUAAUGUCGCACUUGAUAUCAAGCAACGGGAUGUGCUCACACGAGCUAAAACACAGUAUGAACAUCUAUACAUCCGUAAACCACGCCACGCAGCACUCAUAUCCAACAUUGCCACUCGGUUCCCAUCGUAUUCAUCUAUAACUCGCCUCGUAAAGAGAUGGGUCUCAUCACACCUUCUGUCUCGCUUCAUAUCCGAUGAAGUCCUCGAAGUAAUAUGUGCUAAAGUCGUAACUGACUCACAACGUGGUGCGAUGUGGACAUCACCCUCGUUACAUCUUGUGGGAAUGAUGAGAGUGUUGUAUUUGUUGGCUACACAUUCAUGGAGCACGGACGCGUUAUUGGUGGAAUUGUCAGUCGGUGGUGUUACGGCUGAGGUUAUUAAUAAGGUGUCGGAAGCUUUUAAGAUGAGAGGUAGUGGGAAGGAUAUGUUUGUCGCGAGUGAAGAAGACGUAGAGGGCACUUGGUUCAAGACCCCUAAUGGACUUAUACUGAAUCGGCUGAGAGCGUUGGCUGCUGCAGCAGUCAAAGUAUGGAGCUCUUGUGUUUCUGGUGGUUGCGGUGAAGAUGAUUUGCUGAAACUGUUUGUUACACCAACUACCGGUUACGACUUCAUAAUCCGAUUAAACCCAACAAUACUGCCACGAUACCGUCAGAACCUCACAUGUGAUGCCUCGCUCCUCCCGAAAGCUAGACAGCAAUACAAGAAUUUGAGAGUGUUGCAGGAUGCUCAGGAAGACGAUUGGGAUCCUGCUGAGAGAUAUGUGCAGGAGCUAGAGGAAUCAUAUCAAGACCUGGCACUAUUCUUCCAUGAUCGAUAUGGUGGUGAUGCUGUUGGAGUACUUUUCAAUCCAAUGGCAAUCGCGUUUUCUGGCUCAUUUAAAGUCAAUACGCCAUAUGCGUUUACGCCAAAUGUCACGAUGUCUGAUGACAAGUCAAAGAAGAAUGCAAUAUCGCCCAACUACCUCUCCAUGGCGUCUGAAAUGCAGAGGCGGGGGAAUGGAUUGGUUGGAUAUAUCGAUUAUCGCAAAGCUACAACCUCAUAA